UAUAUGAAUCAUAGUAAUGACAUAAAUGGAUAAACUGUUUUCUGUUAUUUUAAUUCUCUGAAUAAGAAGGAUAUAUGUUUGAAAUGACCACUGACUUAGUUUUGAUUCGAGAAAGUUCGUGGCAAUGUGCCCCAUUCAUGAAAAGUUUCUCUCUAGAAUGGUGAUAUACCGGUAGUAAGGGACACUUGUUCGCUGCUUUAAACUUGUACUGUGGCCAUUUUUAAAGGUACGCUACUGGCAAUAUAUACUGAAAAUAUAUAUUUAUACCGCAUUACAGAUAUGAUGACUACAAUUUCACCUAUUUGAUAAGUUAAGGUCUGAAGGCACGUUAAACAAUGGCGUAUACUGUUUUAUGUAAAGCUCACUCAAAAUCGGCAUCUUCAAUAUGUUUCACACACGGGACAUUUCUGUGUAUUAAAUGUCUGCUGGAAAAGGUUGAAGAGAAAGAAGAUUGUAUCAAAUAUGAUAUGACUGACAUCGCAGACGAAAAAUACCAAACCAAGCUGAAGUUUUUCACAAUGCAACAGCAGGCUUUGAAGAAACAAGAAACAUUAAAUUACAGAAUCAAAGAGGUUAAUAUGGAACGAGAAUAUUUGGUUAAACAAGUGGAAGAGGCACAAGAAACGCUUAUUAAAGAUAUAAAGGACAAAGCUGGCAAUAUUUUGACGGCAAUAAACAAUGAAGGUGCUACAAUUGAAUCGAAAUACCAAGUUUUCGUGAAAGAAAUCGAUGAAAAGUUAAAACCUUUAGAAGCGGAUAUUAAAUGCAUGGAAUCUGCAGAUUCAGAUAUUGCUAAAAUUCGGAGAUCGAUAGAAAUUUUGGAGAAAGAGUUGACAGAAAAAUACGUAGUUUUUGGCACAGUUACAGCCGACUUUGAAACAAACAAAAAACUAACAGAAACAUUUAAAGGCCUUGGUUCUCUUGGUACCUUCGUUUUGACAGAGAUGGAAGAAUACGAACCGAUUGGCGGUGAAGACAACAAGGCAUUUGCAAACGAUGAAAGUGAAAAGAGAGAUAUAAUGAAGACUAAGAAAACAGAGGGAAAUGACAUCAAAGAUGAAGGUGAAAAGAGAGAUGUGAAGAAAACUAGGAAAACAGAGGGAAUUGACAUCAAAGAUGAAGUUGAAAAAAGAGAUGUGAUGAAAACUAGGAAAACAGAGGGAAUUGACAUCAAAGAUGAAGGUGAAAAGAGAGAUGUGAAGAAAACUAGGAAAACAGAGGGAAUUGACAUCAAAGAUGAAGUUGAAAAACGAGAUGUGAUGAAAACUAGGAAAACAGAGGAAAUCGACAUCAAAGAUGAAGGUGAAAAGAAAGACGUACGGAAAACAGACAAAACGGAGAUAAUUUACCGCAGAGAGACCCUGCUCGCUUCUGAAAUGUACGAUUCCGAUAUUCGGACAUCAAAUCCCCAACCUGCUAAACAAAGCGAUAAUCUUGAGAAAGAAGUUAACAUAGCAAAAAUUAAAAGUGAAGAAGAACAAAAACACCAGCCGCCUUCACCGAAAAUAUUGCAAAGCGAAGAUACAUCUGCAGCAACGUUGAAAUGCUGCUGCUGUAAUUAAAUAAUGGACAACACAAAACUAACAUGAUCGAUAAAUUGUGAUUUUGUAAAUUUAAACGAGUGAUCAUGUUUAAAAACUUGAAAGCUCAUAUCAAUAUUGCUCGAUUCCUUUUCUUUUAUAAAGUUGCCUUUUCAAGUUGUGGUAAAUUGACAAAAUAAAAAAAGAUUCGCAAAUGUUCGUUGCAGUUAUGAUAUUUGUGAGGAAACAGUAAUACUGAACAUUUACCAUGCUCUAAAAUAUCCAUUAUAAUGACGUGACCCGCACAUUGUUGUUGUUCGACAGUUUACAAUAUGUAUAUCAUUUACAUAUAACAUUCAUAAUACUUACCUAUUUACUUUAUUUCCUGAGCUAAACAUUUUCCAAUUUAUCUCCACUAUUUUGUUGAUAGCAACAACUCACAAAUACAUUUUUACCUCACGAGCAUAUUGUAUAAUCAAUCAUUUAGGCAAAAUGUACAGUGAAUUGUGUUAAGUUUUCCAAUGAUUUUGUCGUUUCAUGUUUAAACACUUGUUGUUUGAUGAAGAUUCUUCCCGUGUUAUUAAUAUUAUUCGCUCAAGUAUUUCAUAAAACUAAUAAUUAUAAAGAUAACUCCUCAGUGUUUAUUGUAAAGCAUUGUAUUUUACCCUUUUAAAUCCAAUUUUAUUGUCAGAAAGUUUAUUGUUGUCAACAUGUGUUCCACCAUUUUGUCUUGAAUGCUGGGCCGUAGGUUAAGUUCUACUGUAUUUGUGUCGUCUGAAAUAUUGUAACUUGCGAGAAAGAUGAAAAGAUCGUUCUCUUUUAUGAAUUCGGUAGGUUUUAAUGUCAAAAAUUGAUUAUUUAAGUAAUUUUGAUAGAUUUUUAUCGAUUUCCAAUAUGGCGACAGUUUUUGUCCGCUUCCUCCCGGUAUCCAUGGAACGCGUUCCAUAAAUGGGUUAUUUUUGAGACUGAGCGUUCUUUUUGUUGGUCAUUAUUUUGACGUUUUUGGGGAUGGGACAAAAACGGGUUUUAAGUGGGUUUUAUUUGGUCUUUGUCCAGUUUGGGGUUUUUGCCCAUCUAUGGGUAUAAAAGGAGCGGUUUUAACGAUUCAAAAACACUUAAAACUUUCAUAACUUUAAACACUUGUCGCAUAACAUCUUAAGCGAAAUAUUAAAAUAACGGAAACGAUCAUUGUUAAAGUACGUUUGAUUGAUAAAUCUGAAUAAGAAUAAGAAACAUAUUUAAUUUAGAUGAAAUUCCUUUCCGCUUUUCGCUACUACUUUAUAUAUUUAAUAAGCAUGUGUCAUUGCACUUAAUUUAUUAGUGGACUGUACCCUUUUUAAAAGACGACGUGGACACUCAAAUCAUUAAACCACAUUUUUAUUUGUUAAUAUUAUAUGCCAAGAACUGUAACAGUUGAAUUUUGACGCUAUAUUACAAGCCAUUA